CGCUGCUCUGCCCGGCUCCGCUCCGCUCCCGCCCCGCAACUUCGGCACCCGCAUCCCCGCCCCCGGAGCCGGGUAGGGGGAGAAGGAGCCGAGGAGAGGGGAGGAAAAAAAGGAGAGGAAAAAAAAAAAAAAGGAAAAGGAGGAAAAAAACAAAAAACAACCACUACCAACAAGGCAGCGACAAUAACAGCCCCCCCUCCCCCUCCCCAUUCAAAAACACAAAAUAAACCCCGGGGAUAGAUGAACUACAAAUGAGAAAGAGGAAAAGAUGGAACUGCACAUCCUAGAGCACAGGCUCAGAGUGGCCAGCAUAGCCAAGGAGAGCAUCCAGUUGUUUACCUAUGGAUUAAUCAAACUUGCUUUCCUGUCCUCCAAGACGAGGUGCAAGUUCUUCAGCCUCACGGAAACCCCCGAGGACUACACCAUCAUUGUGGAUGAAGAGGGCUUCCUAGAGCUCCCUUCCUCGGAGCACCUGAGCGUGGCCGAUGCCACAUGGCUUGCCCUCAACGUGGUGUCCGGCGGAGGCGGCUUCUCUGGCUCCCAGCCCAUCGGUGUGACCAAAAUUGCCAAGUCAGUCAUAGCACCACUAGCUGACCAAAACAUCUCAGUGUUCAUGCUCUCCACCUAUCAGACAGACUUCAUCUUGGUACGUGAGCGAGACCUGCCCUUCGUCAUGCACACGCUGGCUGCAGAGUUCACCAUCCUCAGAGUAGUGAACGGGGAGACGGUGGCCGCUGACGACCUUGGGAUAACAAAUGGAUUUGUCAAACCAAAAUUGGUUCAGAGGCCUGUCAUUCACCCCCUUUCCAGUCCGAGUAAUAUGUUCUGCGUCACCAGCCUGGACCCAGAUACCCUUCCCACUGUUGCUACACUCCUCAUGGAUGUCAUGUUUUACUCCAAUGGAGUAAAGGACUCGGUGGUGGGCAAUGAAGACUCGGGACACAUUCGCUUUUUCUCCUUUUCUCUCAUCGAGGGUUACAUCUCCUUGGUCAUGGAUGUCCAGACACAGCAGAGAUUUCCCAAUAAUUUGUUGUUUACAAGUGCAUCUGGUGAACUCUGGAAGAUGGUGCGGAUUGGUGGGCAGCCCCUUGGCUUCGAUGAAUGUGGAAUUGUCGCUCAGAUUUCUGAGCCUUUGGCCGCGGCCGACAUCCCAGCCUACUACAUCAGUACUUUUAAGUUUGAUCACGCGUUGGUACCUGAAGAAAAUAUAAACGGUGUGGUCAAUGCACUCCAAGUCAGUCAAGCUGAAAAGCAUUAGAAAUCUUCUGAGCUGGUUCCAGAUGCUUUUUAUUAUUAUUAUAAUUAUUAUUAUUAUUCUUUUUUUUUUUUUUUCUCACAGUAUUUCUUGAAAAAUCUGAUUCCAGAGAGUGACAUGAAAAGAGACUGUGGAAAGUUGAGCAGAAACAGCUCCAAAUAGCCUUUGUUUUAAUUAUUAUUAUUAUUAUUAUUAUUGUUAUUUUAUUAAAUUUCUUUAUGAAUGAGGGGCAGGAGGAGGGGAGGCCAGGUUGUUUCCUGAGGCUUGGCUCGGGGUGAGAUGGAGCUGCCUGGGAACUCCUGUUGUUCCCCAGUAUGGGGCGUGGAUGGACAGAAGGACACGGAUGGAUGGAUGGAUGUGGGCACUGCGCCCUGAGCCCGGUAGCACGAGCAGAGUGGGUGGGCUGCUGGCUGCCAGAGAGCCCUGAGAGCCCUAAAAAAUGAAAUGUGGAAUUAAACAGAAAAGACGUGGCACGGUG